UUACGGGAUUGUUAUUCUCGUUCAGCGUGGAUGAUUAUUAGGUUAGGGUUAGUUGUGUAGUGCUCAAGAAGUAUCACCGUCAAAAGCAUACUUUUCAUUUUCUGGUAUCCAAUUUGGAAGACAAUAUUUCAGAAAAAGCUGCCUGCACCCUUUUACCACACAAUUCACUUCAAUGGCGCAGAGAACAGCUUGUUUGUUUCAGCUGUAUCCUUCUGUUUUUGUCGGUCUGGUAAUUUUUUAUUUGACUUCUGAGGUAACAGCAAACUCCACAUCCACUAUGGUCUCUUCAUCAAUAUCGCCUUCAAAGGCAUCUACAUCAACUAUUGCAUCCUCAACAGUGGAUUUCUCUACAAUGCCACCCAAGACACAAAGCCCAGCAUCAGGAUAUGGUCAUUUCAAUAUAUCAGGGGCAGAUGGGAAACCUUGCCUCCUUUUAGAUAUCUCAUGUGUGGUGACCUUACAACUACAAAGUGAGGAGACUUUUGACCUUCCACUGAAUGCCAUUCCAAGUGGAACUUGUGGAGAGAAGACAUCAUCUGUGUCUCUUGCUUGGAAAUCAGAAUCAGCCAACAUGACCAUCUCCUUGACAUUUUUGACCAAGAAGGACAAAUGGAAAACUACCAGCCUGGCUUUUACCUAUAUUAAAGACAUCAAUGGGAGUGAGUUGAAAGUGAGUGCAGCUCAAAAUAAUUCUGAAAAGCUGAUGAUGACAGCAACAAAAGAGAAAAGCUUUAAAUGCAGUGAGAGCCUGGACAUAACACUUGAAGGGAAGAGUAAAGUCACAGUUAGCAUAAAAAAGAUAAAAGUGCAGCCAUUUGGAAGUGACUUUGGUGAAGCUGAUGUUUGCUCUCCAACACCCGGUAAAAACCCAGCUGAGCCUGUGGACACUAUUGUACCAACUGUUGUGGGCUGUGUGUUAGCUGGGUUGAUUGUUAUUCUUAUCAUUACAUACUUUGUAGGCCGCUGCAAGAGAACUGGCUAUGAAAAAAUGUGAUUACAAUUUUGUGUAGUUGUCUACUAUUAUUGUGAUUGAGAAUAAUGUGAGAGUGAUAAGACUGUUCUUUACAAUGGAGUAUGGUACUUGAAUUGAGUGGUAUCCUGAACAACAACAUACCAUGUUUUGAUUUUUUCUAAUGAAUUUUUGAGUUAUUCGAAAUCAACACAAUUUCUGGCACAAAGAGUGGUUAUUACAUUUUUAUUAAUAUUUGAUAUCACUCUCAAUCUCUGUUUUGAUUAAAGCAGUCUUGAUUUGUUUUUAAAAAACAUCUUCUGUGAUGACAGCUAAAUGACAAUUAUUUACCAAAGUGGAGUUUGCUUGUGAUGGAUAUUUACUAAGCUGCCAAAUGAAUAGGGUAAUGUAGUAUUAUCAACAAGUUGAUAAUGUAAAUUGGCAACCAUUAGGAGUUUCAAAGCUGAUGUUUCCAGCAUUAGCUCUUCGUCAUUCACUCUGACGAAGGGCCAAUGCUCAAAACAUCAGCUAUGAAACUCUUUACAGUGGUCAAGUUACGUUAUUUAAUACACCCAUUUUGAAAUCACUGGUGGUCCCUGUAAUCUGAUUGGCUCUAAUUGGUGUGAUUUAUUUAUGAAUCACACCAUUUUUUGCUUUAAAUGGCAUCUUUUUCCUAGCCAAUGAGGAGGCUACACUAAAAACAAAACAACCAAUCAGAUUUCAAAGGUUUUUUAAAGUAAGUAAUCAAAUUGUAAGAAAAUGAAAGACAGGGUAUCAAGUGGCGAAUUUUCCAACUAAAACUCUUAUUUUUUUCCCCCAAAAAUGGAUGAAUUUAAUUUUGAACGGGCUCAGUACUGGAUCAAUAAAAUAUUUGAACUGACCAAGUCCAAGUAUUUGGGUGAUUUCAAAAUGAAUGUAAUAAAGAGGUAACUGAACCUCGUGUUGUGCAAUUUUGGUCUGAAAUCAUACUUGUGAUUUCAAUUUUAAAAUCACAUGAUUUCAGCCCAAAUUGCACCCCACUCAGUUCAAUUACCAUUAUUAACUCAUAGAUAAUACUAUAUUACCCCAUUUUAUUCUCCCACUAACACAGCAUCACAGUUUAUUUAGAAACGUACUCCCUUCAUUCAUUUGCCUAAUGAACAGUUGUUUUGUGAUAUGAACAGUGAUAUGAUACACCACAUAAAGAUGUUUUUUUUAAUUCCUGCAACAAUUACCUUGAUUUUGUGCCCAAAUCCUGGGCAAAUUGCUAGAGGUGAAUAUCAAUGGAUAGUCAGAUUUUGAGUAGCCAAUCAGAGCAUGCCUUCAAUGCUAUCCACUGUUUUGGUGUAUACUAAAUUAUGUUAUCUUGAUGUGAAAUCGUUAAUAGAGAGCUACUGUAUCAAACUAAAUGUAUGACAUCCUUUAAUAAGUGAUUUUAGUGAGAUUUAAGGGUUGAUUUGGAUUUGUUAGAAGGUUUUGAAAUACACAGACACUGUACAGUGAAAUUGCAGGUACAAUCAGGGAAAAAACUGGUGGAAGUCUUUGAACUCUGCUUACAUCUGCUGUCAAUAGUAAGGGUAAGCAAUGAGUGUGUUUAAAGCAAAAUGGUGGAAAGCAUCCUUUACUUAUUACGAAGACUAAACAAAGGGAAUGAAAUGGGUGAAUGAGAGCAGUCACUCUAGCCUAUUUUACUGGCAUGCAAUGGGUGCAAAAAGUUGAUCCAAAUAAAUUGUUCUUGUGGCUUGAUUCCCAAGGUUUCAAUAUAAAUUCAGAUAAACACAUUUUGACUAACAUACUAUGGUAAUUCUAAGGACCACCUGCUUUCGUAAAAACUUUGAGAUUAUGUUCGUACAUUCUCAAUUGUUCAUAAUCUUUUUGAUAAGUACUUAUUAUUUUAUGAUAGAUAUGUGUCAUAAAGUGACAAGUUUUUAAUAAGCACUUGUGGUAAUUGUUUUUAAAUAAAUCUUCCUGUAAUCCUCUAUGGUAGAGAGU